AUGGCCAUGGCCCCGGGCAGCCGCUGCUGCCUCCUCCUCCUCCUCCUCCUCCUCCUGGCCGUCCUGGGCGCCCCGGCGCUGGGCGACCCCGGCCCUUUGGAAGACGUGGUGAUAGACAGAUACUAUAUCCCCAAAAUCUGCCUGCGGGAGGCGCAGAUGGGGGAUUUCAUUCGCUACCACUACAAUGGGACCUUUAAAGAUGGCAAAAAGUUUGACUCCAGCUACGACAGAGGGGCCACGGUGGCCGGCGUGGUGGGCGUCGGGCGGCUGAUCACGGGCAUGGACCGGGGGCUGCAGGGCAUGUGCGUCAACGAGCGGCGCCACCUCAUCGUGCCACCCCACCUGGGCUACGGCAGCAUCGGCGUGGCGGGGCUGAUCCCCCCAGAUGCCACCCUGUACUUCGACGUGGUCAUGCUGGACAUCUGGAACAAGAAUGACAAGCUGCAGAUCACCACCCUGUCCAAACCCGAGCGCUGCAACCGCACCGUGGAGAACUCGGACUUCGUGCGGUACCACUACAAUGGCACCCUGCUGGAUGGGACCCCCUUUGACUCCAGCUACAGCAAGGGCAGCACCUAUGACACCUACGUGGGCACGGGGUGGCUGAUCAAGGGCAUGGACCAGGGGCUGCUGGGGAUGUGCGCUGGGGAGAAGAGGAGCAUCAUCAUCCCCCCGUUCCUGGCCUAUGGGGAGAAGGGCUACGGGACGGUGAUCCCGCCGCAGGCGUCGCUGGUGUUCAGCGUGCUGCUGGUGGAUUUCCACAACCCCAAGGAUGGCGUCUUCCUGGAGCACCUGGAGGUGCCAGAGACCUGCAAGCGCCGGGCUGUGACCGGGGACUUUGUCCGCUACCACUACAACGGGACACUCAUGGAUGGGACCCUCUUUGACUCCAGUUACUCCCGCAAUCAGACCUACAACACCUACAUUGGAAAGGGCUACAUCAUCCCUGGCAUGGAUCAGGGCCUGCAGGGUGUCUGCAUUGGGGAGCACCGGCGAGUGGUCAUCCCCCCACACCUGGCUUACGGGGAGAACGGCGCAGGGGAUAAAAUUCCCGGCUCAGCCGUGCUCAUCUUUGACGUUCACAUCAUCGAUUUCCACAACCCCGCGGACCCGGUGGAGAUCGAGACCGUGUUCCGGCCCGAGGGCUGCAAUGUCACCAGCCGCCACCGCGACUUCGUGCGCUACCACUACAACUGCUCCCUGCUGGAUGGCACCCGGCUCUUCUCCUCCCAUGACUACGAGAAGCCCCAGGAGGUGACUCUGGGGGCCAACAAGGUGAUUGAGGGGCUCAACAGUGGCCUGCUGGACAUGUGUGCAGGGGAGAGGAGGGUGCUCAUCGUGCCCCCACACCUGGGCCACGGGGAGAGCGGAGCCCGGGGCGUGCCUGGCAGCGCCGUGCUGCGCUUCGAGGUGGAGCUGAUCUCCAUGGAGGAGGGCGUUCCCGAGGGCUACCUCUUCAUCUGGCACGGGGAGCCACCAGCCAACCUGUACGAGCAGAUGGACCUCAACAAGGACGGGGAGAUCCCUGCUGAAGAGUUCUCCACCUUCAUCAAGAGCCAGGUGGCAGAGGGGAAAGGCCGCCUGAUGCCCAGCUCUGACCCGGAGAAAGUCAUUGCUGACAUGUUCCAGAACCAGGACCGCAACCAGGACGGGAAGAUCACGCCCGAGGAGCUGAAGCUCAAGUCGGAUGAAGACCAGGAGAAGAUUCACGAGGAGCUCUGAGGGGCAGCCCGUGCUGUUCUGGAGACAGGACUCAUCCUUGCCAUGUCAUGGCUGCUCUCCCACCCUGGGAUUUGCCCCUCUCCAUCCUGCAGGGGUUGGGGUUUCAUUUCCACCUCCCCGGGACCUGCCCCUGCCCCUCUCAGACCUGCAGGGAGUUGGGUUUUGAUUUUCACCUCUUUUUAACUGAGGGUAUUUUGAUGGUAUCUCCUGAGCAGGCAAACACAGCCCCCAGCUAAUAAACCCAGACAAGAAGAUGUCCCCUCCCUAAGCCCCUUCAUCCCCCACCAGUGAGUGCACAUCCAGCUCCAGGCCCUCACCUGGCUGUGCUGUAGGGGGGGAUCCCCCUCAUUCCAUCACUUUUCUGUAGUUUAGGGUUGGGGAUUGGGUUUUUUAUAUACACACUUAAAAUUCUUUAGAGAGAAGGAAGAGAAGGUUUCGUCCCAUUCCCUGCUCUGCCCCUGCUGCCAUCCUCCCUGGGACACGAGGCUGAAGAGGGCUCAGGUUCCCAGGGUGAACUCUGCAGGCAUCUGCUGUCCCCAAAAUCUGCAACUGUGAGGCCUGGCAAAGCCCUCAUCAGCUGGGAGAAGGGAACAGCCCCCAUUGCCCAGCCCUCAGGGAGCAGCACAGUCCCCUCCACACCCUCCCACCUCCCCAGGGACUGAGACACAUCAGAGCUGUUUCAUUUCAAUGCCCAAAUGCAGGCCACGGUGCUCAGGUCCUCCUGCUGGGACCUGCACAGCUCCCAAAACCUCUGCAGUCUGUCCUGGGCAGGGACAGGAGGAAUGCAGGAGCACAGCAGUGCAGAGUGAACCCCUCAAACAGACUCUGCCUUUCACCAAAUAAAUCAUUCCUCC